AUGUUCGACGACUGCACGCGCAGCAUAGUUGACAACACGCCCAAAUACAGUACAUCAUUGCGACGCGUCCAAGCAUGGGCGUUUCUGCACUUUACACUCUACGUCCAAGUACAAUUUCGCGCACCAGGUGGAACGGUGUCGAACCCAGCUGUCGAGGCCAAAAUGUACCUCUACUUGGGCAGCAAUCCUCGUUCCCUGUAUCUCCUCACAAGCCCGCAGGACGAGAAAGUCGGUCGGCCGCAUAGAGGUCUCGUGUUCCGAUGCAAUGAGGCAAAUCCGACACAGGCAAUUGUUGAAUUUCUGCCCAAGAGGGAGAUUGAUAUAUCGUCUCUUGUGAAGUUGACGAACAGGGUCGUGAAAGGGUGCCUUGGCUUGAUUGCAAUAGAGAACGACAUAUUCCUCGCUGUGGUCACCUCCGCGACAGAAGUCGGAAAUGCGAGGCCAUCAAAGAACAAACCGGAAGUCGUGGCCAGGAUUCAUGAGGUCUCUUUCUACAGUUUGACUUCCUCUGUCUGGGACGACUUCACUGCGGCGUCCGAUGCACUCCCCACUCCCGAUGCUAUUGAUGCGAUGAUGCGGGAUAACUACACUCAGUCAAAUCCACAAAACCAGGUCCUGGAGCACCCUUGUGUACCUCUUACGAAGAUUCUGUCCUCUGGCUCGUUCUAUUAUGCUGUCGACUCAAGUUGGGACCUUUCUUCUCGUUUAUCCCGGCGGUUGGCAAGAGACCCAAGCAUGGCUGUGGAUAUUGCUGUCUUUGAUGAACGCUUUGUUUGGAACGAAUAUAUCGUACGCAGCCUUCUAGAUUUCCGAGAAAGAAUGGACCCGCAUGACCGAGAAGAUUUUGACCGAUGUCAAUUCAUUAUACUAGCCAUCCAGGGCUACGCUGGCAUCUUCACCAUGGCGCUCCCUGCGCCCCCCACUAAUGGUACUCCUGCCAUUACUACGCUGUCAUUGAUUUCGCGACUUGGUUGGAAACGUGCUGGAACGCGCUUUAACACCCGCGGUGUCGACGACGACGGCAACUGUGCAAACUUCGUAGAGACAGAAAUCAUCUUCAGUACAGACCAGCACUGCGUAAGCUAUGUGCAAGUACGAGGAAGUGUCCCACUAUUUUGGGAGCAACAAGGCUUCCAGACGUUCGGACAACGGAUCCAGAUUACCAGGCCUCAGGGGUCACAGCCUGCCUUUGAACGUCAUUUCAGGCAGCUCAUCGAAGAAUAUGGCGCCGUUCAUGUCAUCAAUCUCCUUGGCACGAAAGAGAACGAAGUUACGUUAACUACGGCGUACACGCAACAUCUGAAAGUUGCUCGUGGAUCCUUAGGAGACGACCUCGAUAUCACACCUUUCGAUUUCCAUAAUGCUGUACGACUGGUGGGUCAUGACGGCGUUGUCCGAGAGAUCAGUCGGAUAGAAAACGUGGUGGACCAUAUCGAUAGGUUUGGCUUCACCAUGUGUGACGCUACGUCGGACGACAUUAUCACUGAUCAAAAGGGCGUCUUUCGAACGAAUUGUCUGGACUGCCUUGACCGCACCAACUUUGUUCAAGACAUUCUCUCACGAACAACCAUAGAGCAGUAUCUUCACUUGGUUCGAUUGGAAUGGAUCCAGUCCAACACCUUAUGGGGUUACCACCGAGAGCUAUGGGCGGAAAAUGGAGAUGCCCUGUCCAAGAUAUAUGCAGGAACAGGCGCUCUCAACACGAGUUUCACGCGAAGCGGUAAACGAACACUAGCUGGUGUGUUGUCUGAUGCAACGAAGAGCGUGUCAAGAGCAUAUAUCAACAACUUCCAGGAUAAAGGGAAGCAAGUUGCCAUCGAUAUGUUUUUGGGGAAUAUGAGCAACCAAAAGCCUGUCAUAAUCUUUGACCCCAUCCAUGACUCCGUGCGAACUGCAUUAGAACAAAGAGCAUACGAAUACUCUACGAACAAGAGAUGUACGAUUUUUGUAGGAACAUGGAAUGUGAACGGCAGAGCUCCUUCUGAAUCUCUUGUACCUUGGCUAUUUCCGCGAGACGGUCUUGACGACCCAGAUAUAUUUGUCCUGGGCUUCCAAGAGAUCGUCCCACUGACAGCGCAGCAGAUCGUACAGGCUGACCCAGAGAAACGGCGUGUUUGGGAAACUAAGAUUUUGGAAACAUUGGACCAAUAUCCCAACAAGACAUCGAAUUAUGUACUUCUCCGGAGCGAACAGCUUGUAGGAACGGCGUUACUUGUCUUGGUGAAGUCAGAAUUGACGGGUGUAAUGCGUCAUGUCGAAGCUGCGACUCGGAAGACGGGCCUCCGUGGUAUGUCGGGUAAUAAGGGUGCCGUUGGCGUGCGGCUUGAGUACCACGACACUAGCUUCUGCUUCCUCACCGCGCAUCUUGCUGCCGGUCACCUGAAUGUCGAGGAACGGAACGCGGAUUACCGUACAAUUGCGAACGGCCUCCACUUUCAGAAAGGAAAAACGAUCAACAGUCACGACAAUGUUAUAUGGCUUGCGGAUACUAAUUAUCGGAUCGACCUCGACAAUGAGGUGGUCAGAGGGCUAGCACAGGCCCAAGAGUUCGAUGCGUUAGUAGCAGCGGAUCAGUUGCGGCAAGCUAUAGAUUCUAAAGCCGCAUUUGCUGGCUACGAAGAAGGACCGUUGCUAUUCCGUCCUACUUACCGGUAUGACCUCGGUACUAGUACGUACGACACAAGCGAAAAGGCCAGAAUCCCGGCCUGGACAGAUCGGGUUCUGUACCGUGGCAAAAGCCUCGAUCUCUCCGUCUAUUCGUGCUCGGAGCUAAAGGGAUCCGACCACAAGCCGGUAUACGCCCUUUUCCGCGCUGAUGUACGCGUCAUUGAUGCCUACAAGAAGGCUGCCCUCUCUCGUUUGUUGCUUGAAAGUGUCACCUCGACGGAGCCUGGUGAAAGGCUUGAUGAGAAACUUGCGAAGUUAUCAUUGCCGGUCAAUUACUCAGAACUCCCUCCUCCUAGCUCAGACGAUUCAGCGUGGUGGGAUGGACCUGACCACCCGAGUGGUGUUAUACCUUUAGCCGAGAUCAUGAAGGCACAUUCAGGACCCCAGAAUCUCACAGAUCCCUUCGACGUGCCCGACUCGCCUGCGUCUGAAUCCGUCUCCUCAUCUGACGAAGAGCUGUUUGAACAUGCCCUCAAUCUACAGACACCUCUAGCACCUACGAAGCCGGUGCCUCGAAAACCUCCGCCCCCGCCUCCGAGGAGCAAGAAUACAACUGACAGCCAAACGCCAUCAUAA